UACUACAAGAUUAGUCAAAACAAACACACUCCUUUUUUUUUUUUCUUUUACUAAAUUACAAUUCAGCCGACACAAAACAAACAACCUAAAAAACAUUCUUGCUUGCUUCAACGACACUGCCACAUUUUCCACACCAAAGAUUUAUACAUAUGGAGGAGAUGAUGGGGGCGGGCGGCGGCGGCGGUGGCGGUGGAGGAGGGGAGCGGCCGAAGGGGAGGCCGCAGGAGCAAUUGAACUGCCCGAGAUGCAAAUCAAACAACACCAAAUUUUGCUACUACAAUAACUACAGCCUUACUCAGCCGCGCUACUUUUGUAAAUCUUGCCGCCGGUAUUGGACCGAGGGCGGCUCUCUCAGAAACAUCCCCGUCGGCGGUGGCUCUCGGAAAAAUAGGAAACCGUCGUCCGGUUCAGUUGCUGCGCCCCACCACGCGCUGCCGGCCACGGCGGCGUUCCAACCGCACGACCUCAAUCUGGGGUUUCCCCCAACUUCUUCAGGUGAGUUAGAGUACGAGGGGGUUCCGGAAAAGAGCGGCGGCGGUGGCGGUGGAUUUGGGUGUUACAUACCGAAUCUGAUGCCGUAUUCGGCACGUGAUCCGGCGGAGGGCCACGGCCACGGAGUGAUGCAAAUGCAACACAACGGCGGCGGAGGGAGAUUCGGAUUUUCGUUUUCCGGCGGAUCAGUUGAAAAUAAUAAUGGCCAACAAUCCUCGGCGGCUACUGCUACUGCGUAUUGGAACAAUAAUAAUGGAGGAGGACCCAGCUGGUAGAAACACAAUUAAUUAAAAACACUUUCAAAUUCACAAAACCAACUUAAUUAAUUACUUACACCAAAUCAAAACAUUUCUCU